UAGCUUAAUUCAAGGCAACAUUUAUUAGUUAUUCUUUGGAAUUCUCUAAAAAAAUAAUAAACAGAGAAAACGAUAUUAGAGAUUGAGAAUUUUUAACAUCUCUUCAGACAUGUUUUACUGAAAGAAAAAGUUAUUUCUUUAAGUUUUUUUAUAUUUUCCACUCACCGAUAAUGUAUUUAGUUGGGCCCACACCCGUUUGAUUUUAUUUUCCUACUGGUUGUAUUAUUAUUAUAUUGUAACAAUGACGGAAGGAACUGUGACGAGGACAAAGCGUAUGGGAACGAGAUUUUUUAAGAAUCCUCCUCAACCUCAUAUGUGUAUACAAGAUUUUUUGAGGGGAUCAGGACAUCCGUGUUAUAUAAACGUUUUGUCAUGGGAUAAAAUAGCAAUGGGAAGUUGUCCUUUUGAACGCUUAUCACUCUACGGUGGUAUGAAAAUAAAUCCACCGAGAACAGAAAAACCGGAUGUUAAUGUAUUUUUUGUUAUGGCUAAUCCAGAAGUUCUACGACAAAAAGGCAAAAAUGCUUCUGACCACAAGGAGCAAUCUAUCCUCAUAGAACUACUUCUGAAUUUUAUCGAAGCAAUGAAUACCGGAGUAGAAUUUAUGAGACAAUAUAAAAUUCUAAAUGAUCGUGAUAUAACUGGUGAAUUAAAAGAAAUAUGGAUGGUUGUACAAAGUGAUAGAGCGCGUGUACAAAAUGAUGCAGCCAAUGAAGAUGUUAAAAGACCAGUUCCGCAGUAUCCACAAUAUUCAGAGCAAGAUCAAAAACAAGAACAACAACAGUUGCAACAACAGAAACAACAACAAAAGAAGCAACAUCAACAACAAUAUAGACCGCCACCACCCCAAACACAGCAACAUCAGCAUCAAGUUCAGCAGAUUCAUCAGAAUCAUAGUGAAGAGACUCAUCAACAAAUUCAAUCUCAACCUCCUCAAUAUCAUUCAAGUUAUUCAAUGUCAAGUCGUGGGCCUGCCAAGGCAUCUGAUAAUUAUGAUUUGGCUUACGUUCGUCAAACUCAGAAUCAACCGAUAGCUCAGAAUGAUCAUAUCUAUCAACCUUGGUCAACAUCAUUGCAAUACGCUAAUAGAGUUAGAAGAAUGGAACAUCAAAUAGGUUCUAGAGAAGCUAGAGAGUUUUUAGCUUCUUCUGUUCCGUCUAAUACUCCAGUUCCGCCACAACAUCCUAUCUCUUAUCCAGCACCACAAUACCAGUAUCAGUUGUCACGACCUAUAGGACCGCCUUAUAACGGGCCUAAAGUCCAUCCUAAUGCGGGUGGUCUUGGUUGCUCUACGAUAACAAAUCCUGGUGGUAUCCCACCUGUUAUAAAUACUACCAUUGCUCCAGGAUCGCAAAUGCACUAUGAUCAUUAUUAUUUAUCUAUGCGGUUACCAGAGAAGAGUGUUUGUGUGAAAGUUCAUAGAGUGCAACAACCUCAGCAACCACAAAUUCAAAUCGCUAAUCCUAUUCAUGCAGCUCCUGUUCCUCCGUAUGAAUCAAUUGAUCCUUUUUAUGAUCCACAAAUAAAUGCAUCGUUCAAUUGGAGAAAAUCGCUUGCAUCACAAAAUAAUACUAUGCAACCUAAAAAUAAUAUUAAUAAACGACAAAAUUCACCUACAAAUGCUGGUAGCAAUGGGCCUAAAGAAAAUUCAGUAAAAAAUAAAAGCCCAGUUAAAGUGCUACAACGAGAUAAUUGUAAUUCAAAUACUGAUCCUGUAAAUUCGGUAAUUUUUACAGAUAAAUCAGAUGAAGAAUUUGAAAACGCAGCUAACAAAAUUAAAAAACAAGUCCAAGUUACUGAUUUAGAUGAAGAUGAACCGCGAAUUACUGAGACUUGUGAUGAUUCUGAAAUAUUUAAAAAUUUUAAUGAUAUGGAAAAUCAUAAAAUAACACAAGAAAAUAAUUAUAAAAAACAAAACAAAACAAAAAUAAUGGUACUAAAAAGAAACAAAUCAUUUAAUGAUAGUCAAUCAUUGUUGAGAAAUGGUAAAACUGUUAAAAAUGGUGUAGGAAUUGAAAAUGAACAGCCAAGUAAUAUAGAGAAUAAAGUUAUUGAAAAAAAAAAUGAACAACCAUUUGUUUCUGAAUCCGAGCGAAAUGGUUUUAAUAAUGAUAAACAACUAGAAAGUGAUGAUAGAAUUUCAAAGACCGUAAAUAAUUGUAAUAAUAGUGCAUCGAUAAUAAAUCCUAGUACAUCUGAAGACAAUGGCAAACAACAUGAAACUAAAGUCAAUGGACAAGUUAAUAAUUUUAACAAAAAUAAGGAACAGGUUUAUCAAGUGUAUACAAUAUUGAGAAAAUCCGAUGUGACAUCAACGCAGGAUGAAUUGACAAAUGAAACGGCUCAGAUAGCGAUUAAAGAUUGCACGGAUACGAGUGAGAUCGGUAUCGUGCCUUCGUGAUAGUCUAUAUUAUAUGUAAUUAUAUAAGUUACAUAAAUAAGAAUAAGAAUCCAUUUUUUAAUGUAAAUAGAUAAUUUUAUAAAUGAACAAUUGACGAGAAAGGUUAAAAAAAAAGUAAGUGGAUAAACGUUAAAGACAAUUUAGAUAUAAAAUUUUAGACACUUUUGCUCGAAUGCUCUUCCAUAAGUAUUAAGAUAACGAUAAAACAUAAAGAAAGUUUGAGCAGCACUGAAUGGUUUAAAGAGUAAAGUGAAUUUGAAUACUGAGUGUUAAAUAAUGAAUUCGUAUAACCAAUGAUCUUGAUAGCGUACAGCUUGGCUGUGAAAACAAAUUUUGGUGCAUAAGACUCUCUUAUUUGUACGUGAAGAGAGAUUCUGUGACGCAGCAGCAAAUAAACGAAUUCAUUAUCAUAGAAAACGGAUAAAAUUCUUAAAAAAAAAAAGUUUAUAUUACAAAUAAUUAUUAAUUUAAAAAAAUUAAAUAAGCUUCGUCUACAAAUAAAAAUUUUUAUUUUAUGAUUAUUGAGCCGUUAGAUGAUCGACGCCCAUACGUGGACUCUUUUUAAAUUUAACUGAGGAAUAACUUUAUUAAUAAAGUAAAUAAUAAAUGGGUGCUUCGAUGACAUUUUUAGCAUACUAUUUUGUUGCUUUAUAAAUUAUUCGAAACAAUACUUCCACAUAUUCAGUGAUUGUCUUCAAGGUAAUCACUGCACUAAAUGGAAUUUUAAUGAAAUACUGCCUGUUUUUUUAUAAUAAAUAAUAAUAACAAACAAAACAUAAUAGUAAUAAUAGUAACGAUGAUAAUUUGAAUAAGCACAAAAUUAUUUGCAAUUAGAUUUUAGGCCGAGAUCUUCCCGGAUGUCCAAUUGUCGCAGACAUUCUAAAAAUUUAUUAUUAAUUGAUGUAUGUAUAUGUACAGUAACUAUCUUUUUACCAAACGAAAAACUGCAUAAAUUUUAAUGCGCGAUAUUAUCGUAAAAUUAAUAUCUUUCGAAGUAAAUUAAUUUUUAAAUUAUAGGUAUACAUAUAUAUUAUUAUUAUUAUUAUAUAUAUAUUAAUUAAAACUAUAUAAGUUGAUAUAUAAAAAUUAAAUUUUCUUCUCUUAAACGCAUAGUUAUGGUUACUCAGUAUUCAUGUUAUUUUAUAAUUAUCAUAUGAUAAGUGAUACUGUGGUUUAUAUUAUAGUCAACUAUACAAUUGUAAUAGUAAUCUAUUAUACAAUAUACGUU